AUGAGUUUCGCUGAGAAAGUUGUCCUUAUUAUUGGUGCAAGUUCGGGUAUUGGAGCCUCAACAGCUAUAGAGUAUACAAAAGAAGGAGCUAAAGUUGCGAUUGUAGGCCGAAAGGAAGAUAAACUUCAAAUUGUCGCAACAGAAUGUAAGGAAAAUGGUCAAGAUCCACUCGUUAUCAAAGCAGACAUAUCAAUCGAUGAUGACGUAACUAGGAUAGUCCAAGAAACAAUUAGUAAAUACGGUAAAAUUGAUAUUCUUGUAAAUAAUGCUGGUAUCGGCCGAUUCGCGUCUAUUUUAAAGGGAAAUUUAAUGAACGCGUUUGAUGAGAUUAUUAAUACUAAUCUGAGGGGCAUCAUGAAAGUUACAACCCUAGUUGCUCCGCAUAUUAUAAAGACGAAAGGAAACAUCGUUAACAUAUCAAGUGUUGCUGGACAAGCUGUGCCAAAAAAUCCUUUAAUGACAUCGUAUGCAAUCAGCAAAGCGGGCUUAGAUAUAUUUACAAAAGCAGCUGCGGUAGAAUUAGCACCUCAUGGUGUGAGAGUCAACGCGAUCAGUCCUGGACCAGUGUACACAGAUAUUUUGAAAAACGCGGGGCUUAAACCGGAUGAAGCAACAAUUAAAUCAUUCGAUCAAAUUAAAACAGCUUUGAAUAGAGUAUCUACCCCAGAAGAAGUAGCUAACAUGAUAAUGUAUUUAUCGGGUGAUAAAUGUAUCGGUGUGACGGGAUCAAACUUCGUUUUGGAUAAUGGGGCUUUACUAACAUAA